UUGGAGGAUGGGCAGAAUGGCGAGGCGGGACGGCUCGUUUGAACAGGUCGAGCAGCACCUCCCGAGGGCGCCACCGCCGCCUGAGGGGCAGGUCACCGGGCGGAGACGAUGCCAACGGCAACACCAACGCUCCUACCACCAGCAUGCAUUCCCGACGCCGCGUUCAUCCUCUUGGACGGGGACUCAGGCAGCCGCCGCCGCCGCCAAGAGGCUUUUCCCCUCAAUCCCCACCGCCGGCGCCGGCCACCGGAGUCGCUUGCGCUCUUUGGCCGGAGACCAGCUGCCUCCGUGGCGCAGGCGCCGCCUCUUCAUGGAACCCCCCGAGCCGGCUCCUGGGGAUCCCCGCGCCCGCCGAGGCUUGUGGAAAGCGCCGAGCGGGCGGCAGUGGCCCGUCCUGGUGGCCUGCUUGACCUGCUGUACCUUGCUCGGCUGGUACGCGGCCAACGGCGUGAAUGACGCGGCGGCCCCUGAAGGCCCCCAGCCGGAGGAAAAAGACCCCGAGGUGACGACGGUGACGGUGCUGGUGCUGGUGUGGUGGUUGCCUUUCGGGAACGGCGUCGUCUCCGACAACUGCUGGCAAUUCAACAUCAGCGCCUGCCACCUCUCUACCAACCACAGCCUCCAGCCCCAGGCGCACGCGGUGGUCUUCCAUCACCGGGACCUGCAGCGGCAUGGCCUGGGCCAGCUGCCCCAGCACAGGCCGCCAGAGCAGCGGUGGGUCUGGAUGAACAUGGAGUCUCCCACCCACACCACGGGCCUGCGAAACCUGGGCGGCCUUUUCAACUGGACCAUGUCCUACCGGGCCGACUCGGAUGUCUUUACCCCCUAUGGGUACCUCAAGCUUCGCCCGGAGCCCCUGGUCCAGUUUACCUUGCCCAAGAAGACCAAGCUGGUGGCCUGGGUGAUCAGUAACUGGAACGAAGGCCAUGCCCGGGUCCGUUAUUACCACCAGCUGAAAAAGUAUCUCCCCAUCGAUGUUUAUGGAUCUCACAAACUGUCACUCAAAGACAACAAUGUGAUCAAGACCGUCUCGGAAUACAAGUUUUAUUUGGCUUUUGAAAACUCCCAGCACCAGGACUACAUCACCGAGAAACUCUGGAAGAACGCCUUCGAAUCUUGGGCGGUCCCCAUCGUCUUGGGGCCCCCAAGGGCCAACUACGAACGGUUCAUCCCUUCUGACUCCUUCAUUCAUACCGAUGACUUCUCCGACCCCAUGGAGCUGGCGGUUUACCUGAAGUUCCUAGAUAAAAACAAGAACAUGUACCGAAAGCAUUUCGCCUGGAGGAAAGAAUAUGAUGUGAGGGCGACGGCCUUUUGGGCAGAACAUUGUUGCAAGGUUUGUAAAGUAGUCAGAGAGGUGGGGAAACAGCCCAAGACCGUCCAGGACCUAGCCAAGUGGUUUGAAAGUUGACUUCCUCGGAUUUGACUGAAUUUCCAUGCAGGAUGGUUGGUUUGACGCAUUUACCCAACCAAGGCACAGAAAAUAUAUCAGGGAUAUUUCAGCUUUUCUUAAGUUAUUGAUUAACUUAAUUGAUAAGUUAAGAUUGCUUGGUUUAAUAAUUAUGGGGAGAUUCACCAGUGUGUGUGUGUGUGUGUGUGUGUGUGUGUGUGUGUGUUUAUGGACUUUUUUUUGUUCUUGUUUCUCUCUUUUGGUCUCGUAUGGUCAAUAGAGUUCUUUACCAAACUGAAGCACAAAAGGGUUUGGGUGCCACAUAAAGGUUUAUUUGCAACCUUCGCAAAUAAGCAAAACCAUUAGCAAAAUACGUAUAAAAUUAUAGCGAUCGUAUCAAUUCAAUUCAUCCCCUCUAAUAUUAAAAGCACUAUUUUGUCAGGAUGUCAGGCUUUCCUAGCUUUCUUGUAGCUAUUGCAAGCAAUGCAAUGUUUUGUUCCAUGUUUGUCUUCAUCAGACAACAAAAGCCUUUUUUUCGCCUUCUUAUCUAGAUUGUUUCAGUUGCAUUAACCAGGGCAUAAUGAAUCUAGACCAGAGUUCCUGAUAAAGUUUGCAAUGUAAUGAAUAAUGGAUCAAAUCUUCCUCCUAUAAGUUAUUGCACAUGCGUAAAAGGUGUGUAGCUGGUAAUCCUCUGUAUUUUCCAUCCAAAUAGGCUGUUGGCCUUGUUUGAAAGUGAAGUUCUGUGACGGCUUUUCUCAGGGAAUAAGAUGUAAGAAACUGUCAAUAGUCUGACAUUCCUGUUUCUUCUUGAUAUUCCUUGUCCUGCAUCCAGGAUUCUAAUUAAUAUGUGUACUUGAGCUCAACUUUCACUAAUGUGCCUGAUUUUUAUAGAAGUAGAAUUUUUAAAGUGGAGAAUAUUUUUUAAAAAAUUAGACUUUCUUACCCCUAUAUGCAUAGUCUUAAGAGGGUGAUAUGUAAUGAUUUACUAUAAGGUUUGCCAAUGUUAUGCCUUUCAUUGUCAGACAACUUGAAAUUAUGACUUGUUCUUUUGUUUUACACAUAUUUUAAAACCUUUUAUUGCCAAGAUGAACUAGAAACACAGAUAUCUUUGGCAAGAUACAGAGUGUCAAGGCAAAAUAGCUUUAUUACAAGGAAAUAAUUGCAUUCAUUGGACCCAUGUUAGCAUUUUCAGUUUGUUAAUGCUAAUUACAGUUCUACUUUAUUAAAAUUGAUAGACUCAUAGGCAAAAUAGCUUCCUAGCUCUGACUAUUGAUUCAGCUUGCAUAGUUUCCACACAUUGGAUGAUAUAAUACAAAUUAUACAACUAGAAGAAUUAGCUUAUUGGUUAGUUACUUGGCAAAACCACCUCUUAAUUGAUUAAAAUGCACUGAGAAAGUAAUUUAGAAAAAAUGUUGCUUUGCUGUCUGAUCAGGGAACUUUUUAAAAAAUUAGUCUUUUGAGGUUUGGCAUAUAUAUUAUAGAUAGUUUUCCCAGGUUGUAAAAAACAGUUAAUUUAGAGAGGAAGAAAUUCCAAAUAUCAUUUUUUUCUCCUCACAAGCAAUUUAUAGAUAGGAUCUUUUGUCCUGGAAUAGAAUAUACUAAGAAAUAAAGUUUUAUAUGAAACAUUCAUUCUUAACACUGAAAUUUGAUAUUACUGUAUUAUUGGUUCAAUGAGAGUUAGCAAAGCAGUAUUAGUGUCAGUGGAACACUGUCAAUUAGUAGAUUUUUGCCCACUGACUAAACAGACAAACUGAUAUUGGGAGACCUUUACCCAAUUAAUUUUUUUCCCAGCCAGAAUCUAUUAAUGUUUUUUUCAUUAGAAAUGUCAAGACAUGGACUGUACAGGUAGUCUUUGACUUACAACUGCAGGUGAGACCAAAAUUUCUGUUGCUAAACAAGAUGGCUGCCUUUAUGCCACAGUGUUAAGGAAAUCACUGUAGUUGUUAAGAGACUCAUGGGAUAAUCUGGCUUGCGUUUGCUUGCUGGAAACCAGUUGGGAAGGUUGCAUAUGACAAUCAAAUAACCCAAGGGCAAUGCAGCCAUUGUAAAUACAUUUUGGUUGCCAAAUACCCAAUUUUUCCUCAAAUGACUAUGAGGACGCUGCAACGGUUUUAAUUGUGAAGCUCAGUCAUAAGUCACUUUUUUCAGUGCUGUUGCAAUUUCAAAUGGUCACUAAACAACGGUUAUAAGUUGUUGAGGACUGUUUGUAUUAACUGCACGUAAACUGAUAUUAAAUUUGAUGUGUUUUCACAGUUUUAACAGUUGUACCAGUCUCAAAGACAUUUUUGGUCUGCUCAUUCUAAAUUGCAACAGGCUCUAUUUUAUUCAGCUAAGUCGCCUGUAGACACAAAUUACAUAGAAGAAAAAAACCAGCCUGAUAUAAAAAGACUUCUAUUUGGAGCACAUGAAAGAUUUCUUUCACUAAAGAUGAAUGUAUUUGCACACAGAAGAAAAGUAAGGAGAGGUGAGGUAGGAAAAAAAAAUAAAGCAAACAACUUCACUGGUUUAUUAAGAGUUUCCGUGGUUUUUUUGGUGUGGGGGGCCAUGUUGGAAUUUUCCUGACUUGUCCUGACUUGGAAAAGUUAGUUAUAAUUUCAAUUAAAUCAGAUUCGCUCAUGCAGGAUAAAUGCCACAGACUCACCUGUUGAUAAAAUUCAUGUAGACUGGUUUCUACGACGGGUAGAAUCCUAUUGUAAUUUAUUUUCAUUUUGUUGCACUUGCAUUAGUAGUAGAGAUCUUUAUGGUUCAAUAGUUCAUCAAAGAUUCUGAAAUCGUGUGGAAUUGAAAAUGCUGUGAUGGGAAAAGAAGUAGACAAGCUUGCAAAGUAGAUAAGCUUGCAAACUGAAAUAUUUUGAAUUUUGAAAUCAUUUGCUGGAAAGGCUGAAAAGAAAUGAAAAGAGCGUUAACAUGAUCUAUUUUUUUUAAUGGUGAAAAUUCACUGCUGUCUUUCAGGAAGAUUUUCCACUUCCUGAUCUAAUUUAUAUCCCUGGUAUUUCCCAUCAAAGCACUUAACCAGGAUCAAGCCUGUUGACAGUGAGCCGAAAAGUUUUAAUACAGAUUAAGCGGUGUUUUCCUUCCUUCCUUCCUUCCUUCUUUCUUUUUUUACGAUCAUAAGGAGCAAUAACUUGCACUAAAGACAAUAUUGUAUCUUCUGUAAUUUGCACUGGAAUAAAUGUUCUAGUCCUUAAACUGCCACAAUAUUAUUUGUCCAUUUUUAUUCCUUAUUGGAAUAAAUUGGAAAGUUUGUCUAAUGUACGUGUGAAGAUAUUAGCUUCAUGAAAUGCUCUGUAAAAGGUUAUACUGUAUUGAGGGAAAAUGUUGGUUUAAAGUUAUUCCUAACAAACCUUGUUUUGCAAUGUCAUUUUAAAGCAAGCCUCCUGCUUAUUUUAUGAAUGUGUUUCUUUUUAGUGAAAUAAUAUUUUAUAUGUUUUAUAUCUCAUUCUUGUUUUGUCCUGUCUUAUUUCUUGUUCUUAACCUUAUAACGGUCACUUUAGCUUUCAUUACAUGGUUGAGAAACUAAAAAUUUGAGGCCUAUACAAAUGCACAAGUAUUGUCAUAUUGAUUGCUUUUCAAAAAAUA